ACAAUGGACCUUGUUUACACACUUUCAUUGAUCGGUUUAUUUGUGACUUAAACAAAAUAAUUUAUGACCAAUAUGUCAAUGACAGGGUAGUUGGAAUGUCGGACUUCCAAGGGCGAGUGUUCAUGCUACUGGAUCCGGAGCUGAUAAAAAUGAUUGCGAUCAAAAAUUUCGACCACUUCACGGAUCGACGACCAACAUUUUGGAACUCGAACGCUAAGAAUCCCAAAACUAUAUUGAACCGGACGCUAUUCACGUUGUCUGGGAAUAAUUGGCGGAACAUGAGGGCCACUCUGAGUCCGGCAUUUACCGGAAGCAAAAUGCGGUUGAUGUUUGAGCUGGUUCUAGAGUGCUGCGAAAAUAUGGUUCGACAUUAUCGCAAACAGCUUACGGAUUCGAGUUCUGUAGAAUAUGACAUGAAGGAUAUUUUUUCCCGAUUUACUAAUGAUGUCAUAGCUACAUGUGCUUUCGGAAUUAGGGUAGAUUCGCUGAAAAAUCCGAACAAUGAUUUUUUCAUUAAUGGCAAAAAGACGACACGUUUCCAAAUGCUUAGUGUGUUUUGGCGUGUGUUCGCCAUCAAUUUAUUUCCAAGAAUUACGGAUGCUUUAGGGAUAGAACUCAUUGCACGUGAACAAUUGGAAUACUUCUCCGAGUUGAUCUUAAAAGCCAUGGAAACUAGAAAUUCGAAAAAUAUUGUUCGACCCGAUAUGAUACAUUUGCUUAUGGAAGCUCGCAAAGGAGUACUGAAACAUCAGCAUCAACGCGAAAAUGAGCAGAAUGAUGGAUUUGCGACUGUACGAGAGUCUGAAAUUGGUCAAGCUCAAACAAAUUUUAAAAUGAUGGAUGUGGACAUGGUAGCUCAGUGUUCAAUUUUUUUCACGGCAGGAUUCGAUACUGUGUCUUCUUGUUUAAUGUUUUUAGUUUACGAAUUAACAAUUAAUCCCGAUGUUCAACAACGUCUCUAUGCAGAAGUACUGCAAACUGCCAAAGAACACGAAGGCUUACCACUUAGUUAUGAAUCUUUGCAAAACAUGAAGUACAUGGACAUGUGUGUCUCCGAAAGUCUACGAUUGUGGCCACCGAUACCUUUGGUUGAUAGGCUUUGCGUCAGUGACUAUCGAGUGGAUGAUGGACGACUUCAUUUCACUAUCGAAAAAGGUGCCGGUAUUUCGAUACCGAUACAUGGUCUUCACAGAGACUCUAGAUAUUUUCCCGAUCCAGAGCGCUUCGAUCCAGAACGAUUUAACGACAGGAACAAAGUAUGUAUCAAUAUGGGAGCCUAUUUACCGUUUGGCGUUGGUCCUAGAAACUGCAUCGGAUCUCGAUUUGCACUUAUGGAGGUUAAGGCCAUUGUCUAUCAUAUGUCAAUGAAUUUCCGUUUCGUAAGAACGGAAAACACACCAGUACCGAUGAAGUUGACCAAUCGAUCUGCUUCGAUGGGAAGCGACCGAGAUGUGAUAGUAGCUUUGCAAUUGCGAAAGAAUGAGUGACAUUGAGUAAUCAAAGUAUUCAUUAAACAAAAUUAACUGAUUAGAUAUAAUUGUGACAAAUAAUAAUCGAAGUCGAGCAGGAUAUAAAUUAAGAUGUACACAUGAGUCCUUAUGUAGAUUUUUAUUAUUAAUACUUAAAAUGCGUAGCAUUCAUCUGAGGGAUAAAGAUUUUGACAAAAGGCGAUGAAAAAUGGAAUGAGAGGACGGACAUGCCGAGAUGAGUAGUACCAUCGCUUUUCACGCAACGCCUUGGUUCGAUUCCUAAACCUACCUACAGGAUCAAAAAGUUUGUUUUCUCUGAUUCGUAAUUCGAUAUAUUACAAAACUUGUAUAAACUUUUAUAAUCGAAAUAAAAAAAUAGAAUAAUAUACAAUUUAUUAUCAG